AUGCACCGCGCAGACGACCAAAAAAAUCCGCCGAAGACGUUUCCCCAGAUCCGUUCCUACAUGAUGCACUGCAAUUUCCGUACCGAAAUCGCCAUGACCUGA